AUGGCACAGGCUCAGGGUUUGGGGAAGAGAUACAUUAAAGCCUUUCUUAAAGGUUUCUUUGUUGCUGUUCCUGUAACUGUGACUUUCCUGGACCGAGUUGCCUGUGUUGCAAGAGUGGAAGGAGCAUCAAUGCAGCCUUCUUUGAAUCCUGGGGGAAGACAAGCAUCUGAUGUAGUACUCUUAAACCACUGGAGCAUUAGAAAUUAUGAUGUACAGCGUGGGGACAUUGUGUCACUAGUGUCUCCUAGAAAUCCUGAACAGAAGAUCAUUAAACGAGUGAUUGCUCUUGAAGGAGACAUUAUCAAAACCAUUGGAUACAAAAAGAAGUAUGUGAAAGUUCCACAUGGUCAUAUUUGGGUGGAAGGGGAUCACCAUGGACACAGCUUUGACAGCAAUGCUUUUGGUCCUGUUUCUCUUGGACUUCUACAUGCCCGAGCCACUCAUAUCCUCUGGCCUCCACAACGCUGGCAGAGGUUACAGCCAAUGCUGCCUCCGGAGCGCAAACCACUCCACAGAGAGCAAGAGUGAUCUGAAUGUUCAGACAGGAAAGCACUGCCAUGAAGUUCAGCCAGAAAGAGUUGCAGUGGUUAUACCAUCACCUCUAAGAGCUUUACCAAGUGCUUUGACAUCAGUGUCAU